GUGAGAUCCUGCAGGAGGAAGAGACUCGAACUGGGAACUGCACAAUGUUCAGCAGAAGAUCUUUCCUCGUGGCUCUUCUCUCUGUGGCUGUUGGACUUUACCUGCUGCCCUCCCCCAUUGACCCCAAACCACAUGUACUGAAGGGCCCCCCCCCGGCCCUCGAGGGGCCCCUGGCUGUCAACACCCUUCUGCAGAAAGGCCGCCGGCUGUUCAGCGGCGAACUACACGGCCCAGAAUCCUUCACUGCCGAUGACGACGGUAACGUGUACACAGGGACAGUGGACGGGAAGCUGUGGAGAAUCGGUCCUGACGACAGCCUCACCCUCAUCACACAGAUGGGACAGAAUCUUCCAGAAUGUGGCAGCAGCACAGACUACGAGCCGCUCUGUGGUCGCCCUCAUGGCGUCCGUCUGGAUCGCCGCGGUCAGCUGAUCGUGGCCGACUCGUACCUGGGGCUUCACAGCGUCGACCCACAAACCGGAGACAAGACUCUGCUGCUGUCGAAUUCUCAGGGGGCGGAUGGCAUUCCCUUCGCCUUCCUCAACGGGCUGGAGAUCUCUCCACAGACUGGGAUAAUUUACUUCACCGACUCGUCCAGUCGCUGGGGACGCAGACACGUGAAGUUGGAGGUGAUCGAGCUGAACCGCCUCGGUCGUCUGCUCGCCUUCGACCCUGAGUCAGGAAGUGUGAGGGUCCUGCUCGACUCGCUCUACAUGCCCAACGGCGUCGUCCUGUCACCUGACGAAGACUUCCUGCUGCUCGCCGAGACCAGCAUCGGACGCAUCCUGAGAUUUUGGCUGAAGGGCCCGGGAGCCGGCACCACGGAGAUCGUCAUGGACAACAUGAUCGGUUACCCUGACAACAUCCGCCUCAGCGACCACGGGACGUUCCUGGUCGGCAUAACGACGCCACGGUUCCGGAAGCUGGUGCCUCCGUUCUUGGACGCGAUCGCUCCGUACCCGGCAGUGAAACGCUUCCUGGCCAAGGUGAUUCCUCUGAGCUGGUACGGCUUCCUGCUGCCGCGCUACGCUCUGGUCCUGGAGCUGGGACCGGACGGCGAGCUGGUGGGAUCGCUUCACGACCCCGAAGGUCGUCUGACGUGGGCGAUCAGUGACGUGUUCCAACAUCGGGGGAGGACGUACCUGGGGAGCACCGACCUGCCGUUCCUCCCCGUCCUGGAGGGCGGGGACAGCUGAGGAUGGAGAUGAAGACGUCUUUUUGCUCUUUAAAUCUCUGGAUUGUUUGUUUCUGUCGAGCAGCUAGAACAAAGUUUUUUUUAGUCAUGGAAUAAUCAGCGUCUUCUGUCUGAAGAAGAGUUUUCUAGACGUCCGUCUCUUCAGCUACGUUUUCCAGGACAGAAAAGACGUCAGAUCCCAGACACCAUUUGGAGGAAACUUUUUGUUUCCUCGUCCUCGUUCUUUUGGUCACUACACUGGACAUCAAGGUUUCUCCACUGGUCACUUUGUCCUCUGAAGAACCUGGGAUGUGAAACUUCAAAUCUAGUCUAGAAUCACCUGAAACUAAGAAUCCUCGUGUUUAACCUUUGUGUCACGGACACGAUUCAAAAGGGAGGCUGGUGUUUUAUUGGUUCAAUCUGCAACUAGUUUGUAACACAUUUUUCCCAAUAACCUUUUAUUUCUGUCCAGAAUGUAAAACUCAAAUUUUAAAAUUAACCCUGUCAAUGUGAUUUUUUAAAACUUUUAGAAACCAUAACAAUGUUAACUCUUAGUACUGUAUUGAAAAGACAGAUUUUUUAAAUAAAUGUAUUUUUAAACUUA